GCAAAAUGUUGGACCUAUAUUUUUCGGAGUCCACUAGGAGGUUAUUCGGUGUCGCUUUAAACGUGGCCACUGUAAAGAGUCACCACGAUAUAACUUAUUUUAUUUCCCAUUAAAGAUAGAUCUCGUCAUUUAGCCACCGUCUGUAUUUUUGUUAUAGUGUAAAAAAAUAUGUUUUUAUGUUUUGCUAAACUCUUAGGUUAGUCUUUCCGGCUAGUCAGCAACGCCAGCUCGCUCUACUCUGUGGCGGCUGAAGAAAAAAAGAACCAGUUGGCAAGCUAAGCGAACGCUCGGAGCCAGCAGCAAACUAGCCAUUGCAUCGUUUAUUUUUGUCGUACGCACUGGCUUGCGUGUGAAGAUUUUGUCGUUUUAUCCUGAAGACUGUUUGGAGUUUGUCUGCUUUGGAUUACGGAUAUUACACAUUUUCCCUGUAAUAAACAUUGAGUGUGCUAGCUAGCUAAACAUUUUAUUUGUGCGACGACAGCUGUCAUUUGGAGAAGGGAAAGUGAUCCGUCAUGCGUGUGCAAUGAAGCUGAUCUCUACUGGAUUUACAUUUUAGCAUCCUUUCUUCAAAUGGGUGAUGUUAACGUUCAACAUUGGAUUAUUGGUUGUUGUAUGCGUUCAUGCUUUUUUGAGAACUGCGGUGGUAUUGCAUUAGUAACUAGUGUGGCCACCUAGCUUGCUACUUAUACUUAUCGUUGGACAGAAGACUGAGCUAGUUAGCUGGCGAUAUCAUUCAUUCAGCCUCACAAAUACACUAACUACAAAGUGAUAUAGCUAUAUCUCUUACAAUUUUGGACAUGAAGAAAAUAACCUACUAUUCAUAGGGUUGAAAGAAUGUCAUCAGAGGAUAAGACUGUGGAGCCCUCUGACCAGGGACCCUCGCUGCCCUCUGGUAGUGCAGGGGCCACGUCCACAGGAAGCCCUGCCCAGACAGACAAGCGCCCCAGGGGCAGACCGCGCAAGGAUGCUGCCACCACCACCACCACCAUCGCACCCCAGGCACCACCCACAACUACAUCCAAGACCAGGAAGAAGGGGCGUACCAGAGGUAGAGCGGUUGUGGAGGAGGAGGACAGCAGCAUGGACGGGACGGAGGCAGCUGCCUCAGAGAGCCCCCCUCAGGACACAGCAGAUGCACCAGCCCAGCAGCCGGUGGAGAGUGUGGAGGUGGGGGACACUGAGGGACCAGGGGAGGGGGAGGAGAAGCCCUCUUCUCCCCAUGUCCAGAGCCCUCACACUGGGGAAGCAGCUGAGCCUUCUGGUGUUGUCACCAACAGAGGAGCUAAAAGCAGUGAGCAGCUCUGUGCCUUCUGUUACUGUGGCGGCCGCAGUCUGCUGGGUCAGGGGGAUCUCCGAGUGUUCGACUCCAAGCCUGGACACGAGCGCAAUGCGACAGGAGGAGGAGGGGGAGGCCAGGCCAACGACCACAGCAAGGCCAGCAAAGGCCACGGCAGCGAUGACAGCGGUGUUGACGGAACCACUCAGCCCAGCGACGCAGCUGGAGAUGCCAGCUCAGGACAGAGGGGCACACAGAAUGGAGCUGAAAGCCAUGGGGAGUUACCAGACCCAGACAAGGCUAGCAGGUUGUGGGAUGAGCUGGCUCACGUGGGCCUCCCAGGAGAUGUGGACGUCCAGUCUCUCUUUGAGGAGUCGGGGCAGUGCUGGGCACAUCACUGUUGUGCGUUGUGGUCAAAGGGCGUGUGCGAAGGCGAGGGACAAUCACUGCUCAACGUGGACAUAGCCAUCGACUCAGGGAGCACAGAGCACUGUGCAUACUGUAAGCGCCUUGGAGCCUCCAUCAAGUGCUGUGCUGAAGGAUGUGCUCGACUGUACCAUUACCCCUGUGCGGGGGCGGCUGGGACUUUUCAGGAUAUCAGGAGUCUCUCCCUCCUCUGUUCAGAUCACAUAGAACUGGCCAUCAGCAGAUUUCCAGAUGAUUCUAUCUGUGCACUGUGUGACAGCCCCGGGGAGCUCCCUGACCAGCUCUUUUGUACCAGCUGUGGGCAGCACUACCAUGGGGCCUGCUUGGACAUGGCUGUGACCCCGCUGAGGAGGGCUGGCUGGCAGUGCCCCGAGUGCAAGGUCUGCCAGACCUGCAAGAACCCGGGUGAGGACGAUAAGAUGUUGGUGUGUGACAUGUGUGACAAAGGCUACCACACCUUCUGCCUGCAGCCCGUCAUAGACGACAUCCCUACCAACGGAUGGAGGUGUCAGAACUGCAGAGUGUGUGUCCAGUGCGGUACCAGGACGAGCGGUCAGUGGCACCACACCAGCCUGUUGUGCGAGAACUGUGUCCAACAUCAGGACCCCGCCCUUACCUGUCCACUAUGUGCCUGUAUCCUGGACCCUGAGCACCAAAAAGACCUGCUCUCCUGCCACAGCUGUAAAAGAUGGCUCCACCUGGAGUGUGAGCGGCAGUCGUCAGGCCAAGCAGACAUCCAGCCCAGCCAGGACUUUGUGUGUUCAAGCUGUAGGCCUACUGGGUCACUACCGCAACAGGCCCCACCGCAACAGGCCCCACCGCAACAGGCCCCACCGCAACAGGCCCCACCGCAACAGGCCCCACCGCAGGCAGAGGAGGAGGUGGAGGAGAUGGACACAGGAGGCCUAGAGCUGAGCCCACAGGCUGCUAUUCAGAUGCACACAGAAUCAGAACCGGUGGUUCCAACGCACACGGAUCUAGAACCUGGCGCUAAGCAACUGAGGUCUCCUUCUCCAAUGCACAAUUUACAACCCGUUCCAAUGCACACAAAUGCAGAACCAGAGCCUGUCCAAGCCACCGAUACUGUCUGUGAAAACGCCCAUGAGGAUAGGCAGCCACAGCAGGCUACAUCAGACCAGCAGCCUGGUGUGUCGGUGGGAGCUGCUGCUGUUAAGGGGGUGGAGCAAGGGACUGAUGAGGUGUCUGUCAACAAGGACCUGAGCCAAUUACAUCCAGAAAAGCAACCAGCAGCAGAGACCCUGAUUACUUCAACAGAGAGUCCUGAGUCUCCCAGGUUGAACAAGCAGGAUCCUGAGCAGUCCAUACAUCUGCCAAAUCAGACUCUAGCAGAGCCAGAGCAGCCACAGGAUAUAACAACAGGAAUGACCAAGCCAGCAAAGAUGGAACCCUCCUCUGAAAAGAGGGUGGUCAAACCCAGACCCAGCACAGAGGACAUCAAGGCCAUGAUACCACACACCACCACCACCACCAAAGAACCCAGUACUGCAUCCGUAACCAUCAAGGAAGAACCCAUGGAGGCCUCAGCCUCUGAGCCUUCAGGAGUGGAACAGGUUGAAGGUCCUUCAGGUCUGGAGACUGCAGCGAAGGAGGCUUGGAGGGAGAAACAAAUGUCUGGGAUACUGGCUGGUGGGGUUUUGGCAGUGGCCUGUGCCUUGGAAGAGAUGGACACCACCCCUGAGACUGAGAGCAAGCCUAACCUCUCCUACCUCAGCCCCCCCAUCAAUGACAAGCCCUACAAGACAUCUAUGGAAAGACUGGCAGAGAUGGCUGCCUCCCCUACCCACUCCUCCCCUAGGAACAGGGGUCCCUCUCCCAGGCAGCCUCCCCAGCACCACCACCCCUCCCACCCUACCCUAGGGGAAAACGGCAGUAGCUUCUCCUCCACCACCGUCAUACCACUCACCCCUAAGAUUGGCAUGGGCAAGCCAGCCAUCUCCAAGAGGAAGUUCUCCCCAGGCAGACCCAGGGUGAAGCAGGGCGCAUGGCAUGGGAGCCCACAUAGCAGUGUGAGCUCUCCCUCCUGGUCCCCAGACCAGCCAGAGGGGUGGGACGUCCCAAAGACAAGGCAGCUCUCCUCCGGCUGCGGUAGCCCCGGAUGGAGCAUCCGAGUGGGUCGAGGGUCAGGCUUCCCUGGGAGGAGGCGACCCAGAGGGGCAGGGCUGUCAGGCAGAGGUGGGCGGGGCCGAGCCAGGGGGAAGAACGGAGCCAGUCCCACUGUCAACCCUGGGGUGACCUCCAUGGAGUCACCAUACCAGGUGAAGGAGGAAGAGGAGAAUGCCAUGCAUAACACUGUGGUCAUAUUCUCCAGCAAUGACAGUUUCACAUUGAAACAGGACAUGUGUGUAGUGUGUGGGAGUUUUGGGCUGGGUGCAGAGGGUCGUCUCCUGGCCUGUGCCCAGUGUGGGCAGUGCUACCACCCCUUCUGUGUUGGCAUCAAGAUUACCAAGGUGGUGUUGAAUAAAGGCUGGCGCUGUCUGGAGUGUACGGUGUGUGAGGCGUGCGGUCAGGCCACCGACCCGGGCCGUCUGCUGCUGUGUGACGACUGUGACAUCAGCUACCACACCUACUGCCUGGACCCUCCGCUGCAGAACGUACCCAAGGACAGUUGGAAGUGCAAAUGGUGUGUGUCCUGUACCCAGUGUGGUGCCACCUCGCCAGGCCGGAGGUGUGAGUGGCAGAAUAAUUACACCCAGUGCGCCCCCUGUGCCAGCCUGGCGACGUGCCCCUUCUGUCUCCAGGACUACAGCGAGGGCGAGAUUGUGGUGCAGUGCCGCCAAUGCGACAGAUGGAUCCAUGGUUCCUGCCAGGGUCUCCAUUCAGAGGAGGAUGUGGAGAAAGCAGCAGACAGCAGCUUUGACUGCACCAUGUGCCGAGUCCACAAGACCUCCAAGGCACUAGUGUCCAAGGCCAGUGAGCCGGCAGUUAUGACGCAGUUUGUCACAAAGGCUAAAGAAAUGGACUUGGUGAGGACGUACACUCAGGACGGCGUGUGUCUGACGGAGUCGGGCCUGUGUCAGCUCCAGAGCCUGUCGGCCCCUGCGUCGCGGCGUAGGAAACCCAAGCCCAAGCUGAAGCUGAAGAUCAUCAACCAGAACAGUGUAGCAGUGCUGCAGGCCCCCCUGGACCUGCUGUCAGAACACUCCCGGGACGAGGACAUGGAGGACCACAGAGAGACUGACCUCUCUCUGGACUGCGAGGGGAAGUCUGACUCGAGCCCGGAGCGAGAGCCAGCAGAAGACAAGUCCAAGGGGGCCGACGACAGCAAGAAGAGGAAGAGGAAGCCGUACCGGCCGGGCAUCGGUGGCUUCAUGGUGCGCCAGCGGAGCCGUCCAGGUCAGGGCCUAGGCAAGGGCCUGAGCCUAGGCAAGGCCAAACGAUCCCUGAGCAGGAAGGAUUCCUCCGGCUCUGUUUCUGAACCCCCCACAGGAAAGGAGGAGGGCUGGGGAGAGGUGCUGCCUGACACCCCUUUGGAUGAGACUCCCCCUGGGCUGGAGGUACCAGAGAAGAUCAAGAAACGCUACAGGAAGAAGAAAACCAAGCUAGAGGAGGCCUUUCCCACCUACCUGCAGGAGGCGUUCUUCGGUAAGGACCUGCUGGAUAAGAGCAAGCAGAGCAGGCAGCAGGCGGUGGAGUCUGGCGUAAUGGAGGAGGGCCAAGCAAGGGCCGGUGCCGGGCCCCAGAGGGACAGGAAGCACCCCACCACCAGCUUCCUGGACCCCUCCUCAGACCCCCUGCUCAGUGCAGCCUCGGCCACGUCCAGACCUGCCGGACCACCAGGACCCCAGCCCUCUGAAGAACCUCUAGUGGAUCUGUCUGAGGUUCUCAACACGGAUUCAGACCUCCUGGGAAUACAGACGGGUGACUCUGGUCUUGAUUUUUGCCAUUUCCAGGUUGACACCUCACCACCUCCUUUUGCUGGUCUGGACAUUGGGCCCCUGACAGACAGCUCCCCAGCACACCCCCAGUCUCAUUCUGGUCGGAGGACGCCCCGUAUGCUCCCAGAUGAACAUCUGGAUGAGAUCCUCAGCCCAGAGCUGGAGAUGGCUGAUGAAUCGAUUCUCAGCAAACUCUACAAAAUACCAGAGCUAGAGGGGAAGGACGUGGAGGACCUGUUCACUGCCGUCCUGAGCCCCAGCACCAGCCAUCCACCACAGAUGCCUCACCCCCACGGCCCACCUGGAGCCAGCCUGACACACCCUCACGCAGGGAAUGCCAUGUUUCCACGGAUGCCAAUGAUAAACGGACUGAUGGGACCUAACCAACGAUUCCCUCUGAAUCCGUCCCAUCCCGGAGCAGAACCAUGUAUCCCAGACAACUUCUCCCCCCUCCACCGCAUGCCUUUCACUGACAAUCCAAGGGACAGGAAGUUUAAUCAGAUGGCCAGAGAGGCAGUGGGUCCGUGGCAGGGGGGUCCUGGUCCUGUCCACAGUGGCCCAGGCCCCACCCCUCCUCCUGGGGCUGAGGGGGGCGAGGCGGAGGCCAUGUCCAACGCCCAGAGGAGCACACUGAAGUGGGAGAAGGAGGAGACUCUGGGGGAGCUAGCCACUGUGGCCCCUGUCCUCUACACCAAUGUCAACUUCCCCAGCCUCAAGGAUGAGUUCCCAGACUGGUCUACAAGAGUCAAACAGAUUGCAAAGCUGUGGAGGAAAGCAAGUUCGCAAGACAGGGCCCCAUAUGUGCAAAAGGCGAGGGACAACCGGGCUGCUCUGCGCAUCAACAAGGUCCAGAUGUCCAACGAGAGUCUGAAGAGGCAGCAGUCACAGCAGCUGCCGCCUACCCAGCAGCCCCCCGCCUCGCUGCAGCCCCCCGACGAGGUGUUUGACCCCAACAUACCACUAGACACAGACUUGCUCUUUAAGGACCCUUUGAAACCCAAAGAGUCAGAGCAUGAGCAAGAGUGGAAGUUUAGACAGCAAAUGAGACAGAAAAGCAGGCAGCAAGCCAAGAUCGAAGCCACCCAGAAGCUGGAGCAGGUGAAGAACGAGCAGCUGCAGCAGCAGCAACAGCAGUCAGGCAGCCAGUCAGAGGGAGACGGUAACAACAGCGGCAACCAGAGCCCUUCCUCCCAGCACGGCAGCAACGGCAGCAUGUCCCCUAUGCAGCACAGCACCGGGGGGAAAGAGGGGUUCAUCCGACGUCAACUCUCAGGGACGCCCACCUCGGGGCCCCCUGAAGACGUGUUCCUGCGGCCUCCUCCUCCCCCUCCCUCAGGGGGGUCCUCUCAGCCCCAGUCGCCCCAGGUGUUCUCCCCUGGCUCAUCCGGCUCCAGACCCUCCUCUCCCUGGGACCCCUACGCCAAGAUGGUGGGGACCCCCAGGCCUCCAACUCUGGGGCCCAGCGCAUGUCGCAGGAUGUCCAUGGAGUCUGGCAAGUCUCCCACCUCUCUGAUGGAGCAACAGGACAGAGGGAGGCUCACGUCUCCGGCUCACGAGGCUUUCGGCUCCCCCACGUCUAUGAGUAGGGAGAUGGAUCCCUAUGCCAAGCCCCCUGACACCCCCAGGCCUGUUGCUGGGGACAUUGACCCCUUCCUGAAGCCUAUGUGCCCACCCAGAGUCAACCAGGGUCCCCAGGGAAGACCCCUGAUGGGCUCUCCAGUGCGGGGAGACCCUUACUCUAGACCCAUGAUCCGCCAAGAGGCCUACCAACGGAUGGCUCAGAACAGGAUGAUCCUGUCAGACCCUUACUCCAGACCUCUGUUAGCUCCCAUCCCGGGGAGCAACGAGCAGGGCUCAGUCCCUCAGUCUUUGUUCAAGACCCCCAUGCCUCCACCCCAGGCCCAGGACCCCUUCAACAGACCAAUGCCUCAUCCCUCAGACCGGUUCUCUCAGCAGGGAGACCCCUACGCUCAGGCCCCUCUGACCCCACGACCUCAUGAUAGCUUCACCAGUCCACCGAGGAUGGCCCAGCACCAUACCCAGGGCCACCCCUUACCCCAGCCCGGCCCAUUGGCACCGUUACCCAACCGAAACCCUUAUGCCCAUGCUCCCUCUACUCCAAGGCCUGACCACUUCACAUAUGACCCCUUUGCCCAACCCCCAGGACCCUCAUCAGACCCCUAUGCUCAGAUGCCAGGUACCCCUAGACCUAUGAAUGACCUUAUCAACCAACUUCCUAGAAACAAACCAUUCUUUGAGUCCGGCUACGCUCGACCUCCAGGCACUCCUCGUCCAAACGACAACUACAGCCAGUCCUCUGACCCUUAUUCCCAGCAGCACAACACUCCUCGCCCUGGUAUGAACCAGUUCCACCACCCUCACCCACACCCCCAGCCCCCCGGUCAGAGGAUGUCCCCCGGGCACUCCAUGGACCCCUACACACAGCAACCUGGUACCCCUCGGCCCCACAGGUUCUCAAAGUCCCCAGGCAGCCAAAGACUAGCCCCCAUGGAUCCCUACGCUAGUCAACCUGGAACACCCAGGCCUUUGAGCGAUGACAUGUUCUCCCAGACCCCCAGGCCCAUGCUGAAUGACCCGUAUGCCCAGGCUCCAAGCACCCCGCAUCCAGGGAUGGGGUCUGACAGGCUGGGCAGGCUGCAGGGGCAGAGGCCUGGUCCCAUGGGGAACCAGGAUCCCUUCUCCCCGCCUCAAAGCGUUAGGCUCCAAGAUGCUCCAUUUCCACACCCUGGGUCACAUACACCAAAGCAUAACAGUGGGAUGGUCGAUGAUGGAUUCUCUCCGUCGCCAUCCAGACGGCCCAACCAGACGCCUAUCCAUGAUCCUUACGAGCAGGCGCCCAUGACCCCACGUCCACAGCCAGCAGAGAGACCAGAGAUGAAGGAGCAGCAAGGCCAGGACCCUGGAGGACAUCUGCAAAACCCCUCCCAGAUGCCUGGAACCCCCUCUGAGGUUCAGAGUGUUUCUCUGGCCGACAGUGAGGAGAGACUCAAACAGCGUCAACGCAUCCGAGAGCUGAUCCUGAAGCAGCAGCAGCAGAGGAGUGCCAUCCGCCAGGAGAACGCUGGUAUCAUGGCCCCUGGCCCUGGGACACCUCGACCCUGGCCGCAUGAGGGCCACGGACAACAGGGCGAGAUGUUCAGCCGGCCCCCUCCACCCUACCCUGGGCCGGCCCCCAUGAGCGGACCAAUGAGGUUCCCUGGACCUGGACCCUUCCCAGGGGACCAGCUAGGCCCUUUCCCUAAUGAGGGCCAGUUCCCCAGAGGACAGUACCUGGGUGAUCCUAAUAUCAGACAUCAGGGGCCAAGGUUUGGAUUUCCACCUGGUGGGCCGGGACCUCAUGGAGGCCAGGAGUUCUUCCCCAGAGGCCCUCACCCCAUGCAGGACGUCCACCAGGGGAUGAGACGCUCCAUGACUGUAGACAUGCCCAAGUCCAUGGGGGGCAACCCUAACAACCCUAUGGGGCUACCCCAGCAUUUCCCUCCUAGCGGUGUGCCAAUGCAACAGCACAACAUCAUGGGCCAGCCUUUCAUUGAGCUGAGACACAGAGCCCCUGACAGCAGGCUUCGUCUCCCUUUCGGGUCCUCUGCUAUGCAAGGGAACAACAUGGAUCCCGACCUCCUGCCCCAGAGGCCUCCUAGUUUCAUGGGAGGGCCUGAAUUCCGGUUCCCUCCAAACCAAGGCCCCAGGAUGAUGAUGGAUUCAAUUGGGGACCAGCAGAUAAGCCAAGGCCAGCUGUCAUCCAGCAUGGAGAACCUCCACCAGCAUCAGCAGGCCCAGAUGCAAGGGGGAGCCAUGCCCAGGCAAGUCCAGCUGAUGAGGUCCAUGAGCCAGCCUGCUUCGAACGAGACCCAGGGUAUAUCAGCUCCUUCCAUGAUGAUGCCUCGGCCUUCUGCUGGGAAGAGUGAUGGUCAGGGAGGAGUCUCCAUGGCUAACAACAACGACGGAGUGGAGGACAAACUGGACACGGUCGAAUCGGCCGUCAAAGACCUGGAAGACGUUGAGGUGAAAGACCUAGUCGAUGCCGAUCUGGACAACCUAAACCUGGAUCCGGAAGAAGACGGCAAAGACCUGGACCUAGAGACCAAUGACCUGCACCUGGAUGACUUCCUGACGUCGGGGAAGUUCGACAUCAUCGCGUACACGGACCCCGACCUGGACGACGUCAAGAAGGACAUGUUCAACGAGGAGCUGGACCUUAGUGACCCCAUGGAAGACCACAGCGACACCUCUGACUUCCAGAAGGCCUUGUCUGAGAAGAGGAGCUCUAGCUGUGGUGGUGCUGCAUCUUCCUUCUCCAAUUUGACAUCUGGAAUGGGGAAGUCAGAGGGAACGGCCGAGAAGUCUUCCUCGUCAGCUGAUGUGAAACAGGAAGUGAGCUGCAGCCAGAGCGCUGCCUCCUCCCUGCCUUUGGAGCAGAAGAUCAAAAUGGAGGACAAAGACAAUCUGUCUCAGACGUCCAAUGAGAGGACAGAGCAACAAGUAGACGGAAACACUAACAACCAAUCAGGAGUGCUCUCUGACUCCACGCCAGUGCUCUCUAGCUUACUAAUCAAGCAGCAACCAGAGGCCUCCACCUGUGACAAUCAAGGCAGUGGUAACUCUAUGACACAGCCAAACCAAGACACUCAGAAUAACUCUGGACUUAGUAUGGGAUCUCAAACCAUGGAUCUCACUAACAGGGGAGAAGAAGAAGAAGCAUCCAUGUCUACCUUUGAGAUGGACCAGAGUGGGUUGACCCCGGCUCAGCAGGCCCUGUUGGCCCAGACAUUGGGCCAGGCGGGGCCAGGGGGGUACAGACCCCUGCUGCUGGAGGAGCAGCCCCUCCUCCUACAGGACCUGCUGGACCAGGAGAGGCAGGAGCAGCAGCAGCAGAGGCAGAUGCAGGCCAUGAUCAGACAACGCUCCUCUAGUGACUCCUUUUUUCCCAACAUCGAUUUUGACGCCAUCACUGACCCUAUUAUGAAAGCAAAGAUGGUUGCUCUGAAAGGCAUCAACAAAGUCAUGGUUCAAAACAACAUGGGAAUGACACCGGUUGUCAUGAACAGGUUCCAACCUGGUCCUGCGGCACCAUGUCCUGAAAGCACCCCUGUUCCUCCACAGACCGUUGGACAGGAUGGCAAGCUGACAUCCUCGGUGACAAGGCCCAAUCCUCCCAAUUUUGGACCAGGUUUUGACAACAAUGCUCAGAAGGCUCAGUAUGAGGAGUGGCUUCAGGAGACCCAGCAGCUGCUCCAGAUGCAGCAGAAGUUUCUGGAGGAAAAGAUCGGAGCCCACAGGAAGUCCAAGAAGGCCCUGUGUGCCAAGCAGAGGACGACCAAGAAGGCUGGGAGGGAGUUCCCAGAGGAGGACGCGGAGCAGCUCAAACACGUGACAGAGGAGCAGGGUAUGGUGCAGAAACAGCUGGAGCAGAUCCGGAAGCAGCAGAAAGAGCACGCUGACCUGAUCGAGGAGUAUCGAGUGAAGCAGCAGCAGCAGGGUGGCAGUAGCAUGCCAGCAGCAGUGCCAGGGAUGCCACCAAUACAAGGCGGCCCUGCCGGCAUGGUACCAAGCGGGCCUCCAAUGAACCACCCACCUAUGAACCCCAUGGUGCAGCAGGUGCCAAUCCAUACAGGCCAGCCAAACGCCCCUCCACAACAAAUGCCCAUGCCCAACGCACCAGCAGGCUGGCAUCCUGGCACUCCCAUGCCCAUGGGAGGACCCAAUAUGCCCCUUCAGGUUCCCUUGGGGAACCCAGCUCAGCAGCCUCAGCUGCCCAUGGGCAACCUACCUCAACAGCCCCCACAGAUGCCCCAUCAGAUGCCUCCCCAAAUGCCCCAUCAGAUGCCUCCCCAAAUGCCCCAGCAAGUGCCCAUGGAAAACCAGCCUCAACCCGGCGGGGUCAAACCCCCACAGGGCUCCGGUUUGAAGUUUGACGACAACAACCCGUUCAGUGAGGGCUUCCAGGAGAGAGAGCGACGGGAGAGGCUGAGAGAGCAGCAGGAGAGGCAGAGGGUCCAGCUAAUGCAGGAAGUAGAACGCCAGCGAGCCCUAAAACAACGCAUGGAGAUGGAACAGCAAGGCAUGCUGGGGCCCGACGGGGGGAACAUGGUGCCCUUCUCUCAGAUGCCAUUCUUCAAUGCUGAGCUGCCCCAGGACUUCAUGCAGCCACAGAGGCCACAACUACCACUACUGCAGCAGCAGUUAGGACCGAUGUUCCCCCUGCAGCAGUCCAUGCAGCCAGGGAUGGGCUCUCCUCCUGGGGUCUUCAUGCAAGGCGGAGACCGGAGGGCCGUAAUUGGUAACGGGAUGAUUCUUCAGGACAUGGGACCUGGCUUUGGACCUGAUAACAUGGUACUACAGGGUAACUUUGCCCAGGGUCCACCCAGACCCCGGAGGUUCAGCGGCCCAGGCAUGAUGCCACAGAUUCCCGGGGAAGGCCCUCCAUUUGGGGGCGGCAACUCCACCACGCCCCUGCCUUCCAACUUCCCCGGCUCGGGUCACUCUCUGAUCCAGCUCUACUCCAACAUCAUCCCUGAUGAGAAUGGCAAGAAGAAGAGGAACAGGAAGAAGAAGACCGACAACGACGACGCAGAUUCCGUGAAAACGCCGUCCACGCCGCGCUCUGACCUGACUGCCCCUCUGACGCCCUGCCGGUCAGACACAUCCUCCACACCCACCAGGAACAACGCCCACCUCUUCGGGGACCAGGACCUCUCCAGGUCCCCCUUACUGGGCUCCUCCACUUCUACCCCCAGCCAUAGCCACUCAGAGCUGGAGAGGCAGCUCUCUGGAGGUCUGGGUGGUGGUGGGCAGCCUGUAGGGAUGGGCAGCCUCCCAUCAGACAUCGCCCUAGCCAGGGCCCAAGCUCUGGAGCAGGAACGCAUCCUCAGCAACAUCAAGCUGGAGCAGACUGAGAGCACCGAGUGCCACGGACCCAGAGAUGGCGCCUACUCCCACAUGGGCUCAGGGAAGGGCACAGUGAAGGAGGAGGGUGGAGCUGCAGCACAGAUCCCCUCCCACAGCGGGGGAGCGAAAGGGGAAUCUGGGGGUAACAACGAGCUCCUCAAACACCUGUUGAAGAACAAGCAGACGCCUCUUAAUGGACCAGGGCUUCCCCACCAACGGUCAGACAAGAGCCUGAGGUCUGAGGAAGAGGAGGCGGAUGCAGACUGCAAGGCCUUGCUGCUAAGGCAGAGCUCCAUGGACAGCAACGGGGCGUAUUCAGACGGACAGCUCUGUGGCCUCCCAGAGUUCCCAGGACCGCUGCUCACAGGACAGGAGAAGAAGAAAGGCAGGAACAAGAGGAACCCCAAAGGAGGGGAGAGGCCUACCUCUCGCUACAAGAAGAGGAAGAAAGAAGGGGAGGAGAAGCAACUGGUGCACUCCAGCACUGAUACACUAAUGACCCAGCUCAAACAGCAGCUGUCCCUUCUGCCCCUCAUGGAGCCCCUGAUAGGGGUGAACUUUGCCCACUUUGCCCCCUACGGCAGCGGCCAGCUCAACGGUGAGAACCUCCUGUCUGGGACAUUCGGCAGCGCCUCUCUGGAAGGUGUCUCCGACUACUACUCCCAGCUCGCCUACAAGCAGAACAAUCUGAGCAACCCUCCCACCCCGCCGGCUUCACUCCCUCCGACUCCUCCACCUGUAAACCGUCAGAAGAUGAUCAACGGCUUUGCCACGACAGAGGAGCUGGCCAGCAAAGAUGCUGCCAUGGUAUCCAAAGGUCUGGUCCCCAAGCCGCUCCAUGUCCCAUUCAGGACCGAGGAGGACCUGCUGGCCCGAGCCAUCGCUCAGGGACCUAAAACUGUGGACGUGCCAGCCUCCCUCCCCACGCCCCCUCACAACAACCAGGAGGAACUCAGUAACAGGCUGGGACAGGAGCAUUGUAAGGACCGGGACACACCAGAUAGUUUUGUCCCCUCCUCGUCCCCAGAAAGUGUGGUUGGCAUGGAGAUCAGCCGCUACCCAGACCUGUCAUUGGUGAAGGAGGAGCCCCUCUCCCCCAUCCUCCCCAUGCUCCCCACACCCUGGGGGAAAGGAUCAGAGGUUAGGCUGAAGACUGAGCUCAAGACGGAGCCCUCUGGGAUGUUCUUCGGCUCCCAUUUUGGCCCGCUGUCUAACGACACUAAGCCAGGCCUGCUGUCUGUAGCCAUCACCCUGAGACCAGCGGCUGCUGAGAACAUCACAGGUGUGGUAGCAGCCAUCUCAGAACUUCUGUGUGUGAAGAUCCCCAGCAGCUAUGAGGUCAGCAGCACCCCGGGCCCAGACAGGGGGCCCCUGGCCAUGCUCAGCGGCCUGAGGGUGGGUCCCCAGGGAGGCCUGGAGCACCGGCCUGGGGCCCCCAUGAUGUACCCGGGCCGUGGUGGUGCUGUGGACAUCGGGGGCCCUCACCCUCAUGGAGACCCAGGCCAGCUCAUCAGGCCCGGGGGAGGAGGACCACAACAGAGGAUGAUGAUGCAACAGCAGCUGGGACAUCCACAGCAGCACAUCCGCUUCCAUCCUGACGGACCAGGUUCAGCUGCAGUCAGAGGCACCCAUCAGAAGACCGCCGGCAGCCCAGGCGCCAAGCCCCAGUGGUGCUGCCACUGUAAGGUGGUGGUGCUGGGAAAUGGAGUCCGCAAGUCCAUCAAAGACCUUCCAGUACACAAACAGGAACAAGAAGGAUCGUUGCGUUCCGAGAGGAACUUGGUCUUCUGCAGCCACAGCUGCUUCCUCCUCUACUCUGCUUCCUCCUCCUCCUCUUCCUCCUCCUCGCAGGCCAGAACCACUACAGACUCUAAGGACACGGUGGCCCUCCUGUCUCCAGACUCGGACCAGAAAGAGAGCCUGUCUAAAACACAACACCAGUACAGCAACAACAUAUCCUCUCUGGAUGUCCACUGUCUGGCCCAGCUCCAGCUCAAGCAGUCCCCUCCCUCCACCCCACCCAUCCCCUUCCCCCCAGCCAGUGACACCCCUAAGACCCCUAAGACAGAGGCCAAGUCAGACACCAUCAAAGUGACGGUAAAGCUGAAGGCGCGGGGCCCCAGGGCUCACCAGGAGGGCUGGCACCAGGGGAAGAGACACAAGGGUCUCCGCUGGAGGAAGUGGACGGUGCAGGUGGUGGUGCCUAGAGGAAGCUCCCAGCUCCCUGACGAGGACCAGAUAGACGAGCUGCUGAGGAAGCUGGGAGCGUCUCUCCGCCCCGGGGCCAGCCUCAGGGACCAGCGCCGCUGCUGCUUCUGUCACCAGCUGGGGGACGGGGUCACCGACGGCCCUGCCCGCCUCCUCAGCCUGGACCUGGACGUGUGGGUGCACCUCAACUGUGCCCUGUGGUCCACCGAGGUGUAUGAGACGCAGUCAGGCGCUCUGAUCAAUGUGGAGCUGGCGCUGAGGCGGGGUUCGGCGGUCCGCUGUGCCUUCUGCCAGCAGAUGGGCGCCACCAGCGGCUGCCACCGCCUGCGCUGCACCAACGUCUACCACUUCACCUGCGCCCUGCAGGCACACUGCACCUUCUUCAAGGACAAGACCAUGCUUUGCCAUGCCCACCGCCCCAGAGGCUCAGGCUCCGCCCACAGUAGCUCUGGCCACGUCCUGGAGCACGAGCUGCGCUGCUUCGCUGUGUUCCGCCGCGUCUACAUACAGAGGGACGAGGUGAGGCAGAUGGCCAGCGCCGUGCAGCAGCCCGAGCUGGGCUACACCUUCAGAGUGGGCAGCCUGGUGCUCCAUACCGUUGGUCAGCUCACCCCGUCCCAGAUGGCCGCCUUCCACUCUGCCACAGCCAUCUUCCCCGUGGGCUACGAGGCCUGCCGCAUCUACUGGAGCAUGCGCCACGGCAACCGCCGCUGCCGCUACCUGUGCUCCGUGGAGGAGAGGGAGGAGCAGCCGGAGUUCAGCAUCCGCGUCAUCGAGCAGGGACACAAGGACCUGAUCCUCACUGACUCCACUGCCAAAGGAGUGUGGGAUAAGGUCCUGGGACCGGUGGCUGACAGGAGGACUGAAAUAGGAACUCUGAAACUCUUCCCUGUCUAUCUGAAAGGAGAGGACCUGUUUGGGCUCACUGUAUCUGCAGUCACCAAGAUCACUGAAUCGCUCCCAGGGGUAGAGGCCUGUGACAGGUACACCUUCCGUUACGGCCGUAACCCUCUGAUGGAGCUGCCCCUGAUCUUUAACCCCUCCGGCAGUGCCCGCGCCAUGCCUAAAACCAGCUCCCCAUCCACCGCCGUUGUCAUAAGGCGCCAGCCAGUAUCCAGCACCACCAAUACCUCCUCCAGGUGUCAGAACACAGCCCAGGGGGAGGGAGGUGUACCCCACACCAAGCCACCCACGGUGCACCACAGGUCCUCUCAGUACCGCUGGAUGAAGAGUGAGUGGAGGGCCAACGUCUACCUCGCUGCCUCCAAGAUCCAGGGCCUGGGUCUGUAUGCAUCCAGGGACAUAGAGAAACACACCAUGGUGAUCGAGUACAACGGAACCGUCCUCCGCAACGAGGUGGCCAUCAGGAAGCAAAGGACUUACAAGUCUCAGAAUCGUGGAGUGUUCAUGUUCCGCAUCGACAGUGAACAUGUCGUUGAUUCCAGUCAGACAGGGGGUCUAGCAAGGUACAUCAACCACUCUUGUACCCCGAACUGUGUCGCAGAGGUGGUAACCUUCGAAAGAGGUUAUAAAAUUAUCAUCACCUCCAACCGCAGAAUCGAGAAAGGAGAGGAGCUUUGUUUUGACUACCAGUAUGACUGUGUGGACGGCCAACACAAGAUCGCCUGUCACUGUGGAACAGCAGACUGCAGGAAAUGGAUCAACUGAGAAAAACCUAAAAUGACAACAACAAACACAAAUGCAUUCCUUGCCAUAUUAUGCAGAUGCCCUGAUCUCUGUGUAGAAAGAGAGAGGUGCUUCAGACUUUUUUAGAACGAGCCGAAGGCCUGAGUAAACCCUAAGAGCGACGCGUGAAUGGAGUCCCAUGUUUGGAAGCAUAGACUGAAGAUGGACAGGAAGAAGCAACAGCAGAUGGACGUGAUUCGUGCCAUAUUAUGCGAGAGGCUGGGUUUUAUUGGAAGGCCUCUGUCAAUUAGUGUGGCGUCUGUGUAUUAGUGAGAUGAUAUACAGUAGGGCGCAGAUGAGAAUCCACCAGCGAAUGAGGAGAGAGCACUGUGCAGGGCGCGGACCCUAUUGGUUGUUAAGGGCAGGCCCUUUUGUUUAAAACUUUAAAUGUAAAACCAUUUGACUAAAUGUAGACAUCACUGAAUGGGGAAUGUACAGCAAUGACUACCGUGAAGGGAAUAUUAACUUGCACUAAAAAAAAAAGACACGUACACACAAACUUUAAGAUACUUGAUUCCAUGAGUCAGUUUUAUCAUAGGUUUCUGUCAUGUGAUUUGAGUGAAAUUCGAGAGGACGUUUUGUAUUUAUUAUUGAAUUAAUUAAUUUUAUUCUCAAAAUGAUGACAGUAAAAGAAGGCUAAACUGAUAUUGUUUUCUGAAGAUUGAAGAAAUUCUGUUACUUUUGUACAAAUGUAUAUAAAGAAAAAUAUAGGAAUAACCGACCAAAUACUACCUUAACCUUCUUGAUGUUUGGGUGUUUUUUAAUUAUAUUAUUAUUUUAUUUUUUGUCAUUGCAGUUUAUUUAAGAAGGAUGUCAUGAUAUCAGUUUCAGAGUAUAUAUUAUGAUUAUUCUGUACAGAAUUUGUAAAAUAACCACAAUAAUUCACAAAGUAUUUUUGUUGUAUUAAAAGUAUGGUAUUGUAGCUUAGUGUUUUUGUGAUUUACACGUACUUUGACCACUCAAAAAUAAAUAUUUUUGGUGACUGAGUGUGGAAAUGAGCUAUUGGUUAAAGAAUUAAAAAAUGGUAAAGACAUCCUGACAUCUUUGCUGUUAAUCAGGUUUGAUUUUAUAGAGCUGUGAAAAAGGUUUUAAACCACCCAAACACAAUUUUAACUUCUUUUUAACCCAAAUAUGUGUAGGAAUAUAACCUUGUUUUUUCUGUUUUGUUUUUUACAUAGAAAUUGUGUACAGACGUCGUAUGACAUUGCUUACUGCUUCAGGCUUUUGAAAUUAAAGUGUACUGAAAAAAUUAAAUCAUGUUUCUUGCGGAGGAAAAGGUCGGGACAUUUGGUGGUGCUACAUUUUGAAAAGAGAUGACAUUCUACUUAAUCAGAAAUGUAUGUGAUAUUGACACAUCCCAAGCCACAUACAGUAGUUAGAAAAUGUUUUGCGAGCACAAUUUCAAGUCGACUGUAAAAUAUUGGAGACCGUCUUAGAACUUGUAAUGUAAAUGGCAUGUAUUUUUUUAACUUUCCGAAGACUCAAUUGUAUAUAUUUUCUCAAUGAAUGGUUGUAACAAAAUUGUUUCUUGGAUAUUUUUCUUCUCUUGUAUAAAAUGACAUCCUCCUACCAGUGUGUUUGUGGUAACUUUUUCUUGGUCCUGUAGUCUCAAUGUGUUUUUUUUAAUGCCUUUUGAAGUGUACAGAGAAAUAUGAGGUUUGGAAUUGAAUUUAGAAACAUUUACAAAAUAAACUAUUUUACAUCUUAA